GCAGUAGGAGCGGACGUGUAAUAGCCCACUGAUAGACAUGAACAGAGAUGGGGAAGGAACUGGUGUGCAGAUCUUAAACCAUAAAUAAAAACAAAAACAAUCACGCAUUCUUUUUUAAAAAGCCAAGGGAACUUUGUAACCGCCAAUGUUUGCUGCGAAAGUUGAGAAUGUCGUGGAUUUGCAUCAGGCAACAUCUGGACGCUAAUUUUUGGCUAGCCAGCUGUUUUGGUUUGGGGCGUUAAAAAGAAAGAAAGAAAGAUUCUCGGUUUUUUUGUGUGUCGCAAAGCGAAAAAAAUGCCACGGAACAACAGCAAGCCGUCACUCAUCCAAAAAAUCGCAAACCAGGCGCAGGUUACGUUUAAAAACUGCGACGACGGCAAAGACUUUUUGGCGAACUUGGCGGAGCUCAGCGCGCUGCUGAGCGAAAUCAGGGCCGCAGACCUCAACAUCGCGCCCACGAGGAAGAAGGGCUCAGGUUCGGGGACGCGGGCGCGCCACAGAGCUCCGGUCACCUACAUGCACAUCUGCGAAACUCGGACGUUCAGCAUGGGCGUGUUCGCGCUGCGGAGUGGCGUCUCCAUCCCUCUGCAUGACCACCCGGGAAUGAACGGCAUGCUCAAAGUGCUCUACGGCAAGGUCCGGAUCCGCUGCUUCGACAAGCUAGACGGGCCUCCUGACCCAGAUCUGUACCCCGGUACCGUGUCCGGGGCUGGGAGUGAGACAGUGCGGAAGGACGCGGUGUGCCUGGCCGCGCUGCGCUCCAGCGGUGAGUUCAUCCAGCAGAGCGCACCGUGCGUUCUGACCCCUCACACGGACAACCUGCACCAGAUCGACGCGCUCGACGGACCCGCCGCCUUCCUGGACAUCCUGGCACCGCCGUACGACCCGGAAGACGGCAGGGACUGUCACUAUUACCGAGUGUUACGCACGGCCAGCAAGAACGGGGACGAUAAAAAGGGCGAAGAGACCGCCUGUCUUUUAGAGAUCCCUCAACCGGAGGAGUUCUGGUGCGGGGGCGAGCCUUACCCUGGCCCUAAAGUGGCCGUGUAGGAAAGCCUUCUUGCGCUGUUGGGCGUAUUUACUGUCUGGGAUGAGUUUACCAAAGUUAGAGAUGGCUCAAAGUGAAUCAAAUUGUCACUGGGAUAGAUAUAGUGCCAACACUAAUGAUCCUUGAUCCACAAUAUUCACAAAAAAGAGUAGUGUACUUUUCCUUCUCACUGGCGUGGCAUGCUCGCCUUUUAGUACUUUUACUAAAACAGAUGCAUGCUUUAAAAUUUAAAAAGGAAUUAUGUUUCAGUUAAAUUAUUUUUAAAUCUGUAAGAGAAAGAUAUGAAACAUGUCACCUUGAGCUUAACACCUGAGUGACAGGAAAUGGUACAAAUAUAUUUAAUAAGCACCACACACACACACACACACACACACAUAUAAUCCCUUAUCCUGGUAUUUAAUGUUGCUAUGGCUUCACAGUCACAAUCAACACAACCGAGUGAACACUAUUUACAGCCUUAAACAAUUUAAUACACGUGAAAAUGUGACAUAACGUAUUGAUUCAGCUCUAACUGUGACAGUGGAACAUUCCCAUUGUUGUUUACAGACUUGGUCAUCUGUUUAAAUCUCUCUUUUUUAUGAACUGUGUACUUGGUCAAUGUUUUAAACUACAGACCAAAAGUCAAUAUUUUCUGGAAGAAAUUCUUUCAUUCUGAUACGGUAAUUCUCAGAGGACGUAUCCUUCAGCGAUUAUAGAUAUAAGCGAAUACAGAUUACAAUCACAAUGCACUUUUUAACAUUUAUGGCAGAAUUAAAACAGCAUUUAUUAAUUCGUAGAAAUUCAAAUGAGUGACCAGGCGAUUUCUUUUAUUGACAUAUGACUUUUUCUUAAGGUAUAAACACACACUAAUCUUCACCUGUGCCCCAUCCUUAACCUUCUUAUACUACUUGAAUCGGAUCCUAUUGACUAAUGCAUGGUCAGAAAGGUGUUUUGUCCAAAGAUGUUUAUGUUUGUGGAACAGAAAGACUCAUCUGAUCAGUCACACAUUUAACCUUCUGUAUUAGUAUAGGAAAGGUCAGAGUCUUGGCAGACGUUCUGUGCGGCUUCAAUUUCAGAAAUAAAUGAACCGAACUGUAGUUUUCCUCGUUAUUGCUGUGAUCUCAUCAAGGGUCUUUGUUUAUUCUGUAUCUUUCACCUGGGAACACGUACCUUUAAUCAGCUACUAGACUAAAAAUGGUUAUGAUGGUUCAGUUAUGUAUCUUUAAAUAUUUUUGAAGGUAUAAAUUUCAGGGAGCAGAAAUCUUUAUUUCUGAAAGUAUUCUAGUAUGGAGGUGUAUUUCUAAGCCCAGUGUUUUUCAGUCCUGCUUUCAUGUGAUGCUCAUUUCAUUUUAUUCCUAAUGCUCUAACGCCGGUUUGAAUGUGUUAGUAAGAUGAAUAUUUGAGUCUGGUGUAUUAGAAGAGGAAAAAAUCCGGAGUUGUGUCAUACUGGGGAAACCUUGGGUCCAGGAUUUACUGUGUUUCUAAGAACAUUUUGUUCCCUACUAUAUAUUCCUGAUUAAAUAUAUCAAAUAAUCUCAUUGACCGUUUAUUACACCUUCGUGAUUUGUAACCGUUUCUAUAUAAUAUUGUCAUUUUAACUUUUUUUUUCUUUUUUUUUUUAAAAAGAAAGAAAUCUGUGGCCUUUAUCAGAUAUUGAAUGUAGUCUUGCCUUAAAAACAUACGCUCGUCUACGUGCACACUGCAUAACGUCUGUAGCUUCUGUUAUUUACUGUACUGUAUUUAUUUAUGUCUGUACAAUCAGUUAUGUGUAUUCUUGAUGAUGGUUUAUAUUCUGACUUUAAAACACAAUUAAAUGUUUGUAAGACACUGCACUUUUAUCUGGUGUUGAAUAUUCAGUAUCUCACAUGAAGAGAAACCAAUGGAUCAUUCACUAAGUUUAGCCUAAUUACAGUCAGAAAGGGGAAAUCCUCCAUUAUGCCAGGAUUUCAUUCUGUUUAGUUGAAGCAACACUUGCGGUGACUGCAGUAUGUAAAUGAGAUUUGCAUUUGUCAUGCCCGCUAUGGCUUUUCGUGAACGUUUGUUGCAUAAUUGUAGCUUGUGUAAACUGUGAAGUCAGUGUAAACUGACUUCUCCGUACUUUGUCAUUAUGAAUUGUCUUUGAGAUGUCAUGGGUGGCGUGAUUAUUGUUGACUACAUGCAUAGUAUUUAAAAAAAAAAAAGGAAGCCAGUUAGUUAUGGCGUAAAUAUUGAGGAGGAGGAGGAAAUCUGUAGUAAACUCUGUAAAGUUCUUAUCGCUGAAGCUGACUGCUUGUCUGUGAUCCAUCCUGAUUUUCUACUGUCUCUGUUUUGAAAUCAUUUUUACUUUCUCUUCUGAAUGCUUGUCAUGCCUAGGCUUCCUUUAAUAAUCUGUAUUUACGUAUACCUGCCUUGGAAUUUGUCCAGUUUGAGUUUAUCAUCAAUUCUUUUCAUUAAUAAAUAAAUCCAGACUGGUUUUUUUUAAGCCAUAAAUUUUAAUAUAUGACUUUUUUUUGUAAAAGGGACAUGAUAUAUAGCACAUACCUUCAGAUGCAUUUCUAUCCUGUUCUGAGUUUGUACAUCCGUUUCUGUGAACUGAAUAAAACUUCUUCUGUUCUUUGA